GGCCCUCCACACUCUCUGGUUCAUGACCGUUACGCAAAAAUGUUAAUCGGCAGCGAGACCCCGUGGCGGCGGUUGGAUGGCGUCUCUUUCAACAUUUAUUCGGCGGAAGAAAUCAGGAAGCUGAGUGUAAAGGUGAUCUCUAAUCCCAAGUAUCUGGAUACCAUGGGUAACCCAUCAUUGAAUGGCCUGUAUGACCUUGCGUUAGGACCUGGCGAUUCCAAGGAAGUGUGUGGCACCUGUGCACAGGAUUACAAUAAUUGCCCUGGACACCUAGGUCAUAUAGAACUCCCGCUAACCGUCUAUAAUCCAGUAUUUUUUGAUAAAUUGUAUCUGAUGAUACGAGGUUCCUGUUUCAACUGCCACAUGCUAACCUGCUCCCGUGCCAUAUUAUACCUGUUGCUGAGUCAGCUACAAGUGUUGGAAGUUGGAGCUAUUGAUGUUGUCUAUAACCUGGAAGAAGUGCUGAAUGGGGUCCUGGAGAAAAAUUCAAACUCUUCGGCAGAUGAAAUCCGAGAAGUGUUGAAUGAACAUACUCAAGCUACACUCAACAGUCGAGGAGGAUGCAAAACUGCACAAGUGAAAAGCUUGAGUGACCUCAGGAGUAAGUUAGUAGGAAACUUUUGGAAAAGCCACAUGCAGUCAAAAAGGUGUCCAUACUGCAAAAUGGGAAAGGCUGUUGUGAGGAAGGAGCAUAACAGCAAGAUAAUAGUGACGUAUCCUUCGACCAUACGGUUAACCAAGCCAAAGAAGACCUUGGAGAAAAAGGCUGUGGAGCAAGACACUACGCAAACGAUUGCAGGUCUUGAUGAGAACCCGUGGGGAAAGCGAGGAUUUCUUACCCCCAGCACGGCUAAGGAGCACAUGCUGGAGCUGUGGAACAAUGAUGGCUUCUUCCUGAAAUAUCUCUUUCCUGGCUUGGAAUUAACCGCCAAUGCGAAGACUGGCUGGAACCUCGACAUGUUUUUCCUGGAUCUCGUUGUGGUACCACCAUCCCGAUUUCGUCCAAUCAAUCGUGUUGGAGACAAAAUGUUGACCAACGGACAGACUGUCAACCUUCAGGCUGUCAUGAAAGAUGCCCAAGUCAUCCAGAAACUCCUGGCAUUGAUCGCAUUCGAGCAGGGGAGGCCUGCAAAUGGGGUUGAAGAGACGGCGGAAGACCUGCAUGACAACACAGACCGAGCCUUCCUGACACUUAUUCCCGGGACUACACUGACUGACAAACUCUACAACUCCUGGAUCUACAUGCAGAGUCACGUCAAUAUAGUCUUUGACAGCGAUAUGGACAAACUGAUAACUGAUAAGUACCCUGGUAUUCGGCAGAUUCUAGAGAAGAAGGACGGCCUCUUCCGGAAGCACAUGAUGGGAAAGCGUGUGGACUACGCAGCCCGCUCGGUUAUCUGCCCCGACAUGUACAUCAACACCAAUGAGAUUGGUAUUCCAAUGGUGUUUGCCACAAAGCUGACUUACCCUCAGCCGGUGACGCCGUGGAACGUGCAGGAGCUGAGGCAGGCGGUAGUGAACGGCCCAAACAUUCACCCUGGGGCCACCAUGAUCAUCAAUGAGGACGGCUCGCGCACAGUGCUGAGCGCAGCCAACCCCACCCAGAGGGAGGCCAUCGCCAAGCAGCUGCUGACGCCCAGCACAGGGGUGCAGAGGACAGAGAUGAAAACUGUCUGCCGACACAUCAAGAAUGGAGACGUUCUGUUGCUGAACCGGCAGCCGACCCUGCACAGGCCUUCUAUCCAGGCUCACAGGGCACGCAUCCUGCCGGGGGAGAAGGUCCUGCGGCUUCACUAUGCCAACUGCAAGGCCUACAACGCUGACUUUGAUGGGGACGAGAUGAACGCCCAUUUUCCCCAGAACGAGCUGGGCCGGGCUGAAGCGUACAUCAUCGCCAGCACCGACCAACAGUACCUAGUCCCCAAAGAUGGCAAACCUCUGGCCGGGUUAAUCCAGGACCACAUGGUGUCGGGCACCGGCAUGACUGUGCGAAGCUGCUUCUUUAACCGGGAGCAGUACAUGGCUCUGGUGUACCGGGGCCUGACUGACGGCAAGGGACGCAUCAAGAUUCUCUGUCCGGCAGUGAUCAAGCCGUACCCACUCUGGACCGGAAAGCAGGUUGUUUCCACAUUACUGAUCAACAUCAUUCCGGAGAAUCAGACCCCACUGAAUCUGAACGGGAAAGCUAAAAUUGCUGGGAAAGCCUGGAGAAAAGCACCUCCGCGGGAAGUGCCAGGAUUCGACCCGGAGCAGAUGUCGGAGUCUCUGGUUAUUAUUCGGGAGGGGGAGCUGCUGUGUGGUGUUCUGGACAAAGCACACUAUGGGAGCUCAGCUUACGGCCUGGUGCACUGCUGUCAGGAGUUGUAUGGUGGUGAGACCAGUGGCAAGCUAUUGACCUGUCUUGCUCGCCUCUUCACUGCUUACCUUCAGCUCUACAAGGGAUUCACGUUGGGUGUGGAAGACAUCCUGGUGAAGCCCCGAGCGAAUGCCAAGCGGCGGAAGAUCAUCGCGAGGUCCACGUUAUGUGGAGCCAGGGCUGUCCGCAAUGCGUUUAACCUGCCAGAGUCUGCCACCUGUGACGAAGCCCGGGACAAGUGGCAGGAUGCCCACCUCAGCAAGGACCCCCGCGACGUCAGCAUGGUGGACCUCAAGUUCAAGGAGGAAGUGAAUCAGUACAAUAACCAGAUCAACAAGGUGUGUAUGCCCCUGGGGCUUCAUAGGCAGUUUCCUGAAAACAACCUCCAGCUGAUGGUGCAGUCUGGUGCGAAGGGCUCCGCCGUCAAUACCAUGCAGAUUUCCUGCCUUCUCGGUCAGAUUGAGCUGGAGGGUCGACGGCCUCCGCUGAUGCCCUCCGGAAAAUCCUUGCCUUGUUUCCAGCCCUUUGACUUCACACCAAAAUCCGGGGGCUUUGUGACUGGCCGAUUCCUCACGGGCAUUAGCCCCCCGGAGUUUUUCUUUCACUGCAUGGCUGGCAGGGAAGGGCUUGUUGAUACUGCCGUCAAGACCAGUCGCUCCGGCUACCUCCAAAGAUGUAUCAUAAAACACUUGGAGGGUCUGGUGGUGCAAUAUGACCUGACGGUGAGAGACAGUGAUGGCAGUGUUGUUCAGUUCCUGUACGGUGAAGAUGGCCUCGACAUCCCAAAGACACAGUUCCUGCAGCCCGGCCAGUUUCACUUUCUAGCUAAUAAUUAUGAGAUUAUUAAGAAAUCCAAGAACUUGGAGGAGGUCUUAAGUAAAAUCGAUUCUGUGGCUGCGACCAGUCACGUGAAGGCAAUGAGGAAGUGGAAAGCCAAGAACCCCAGCCCCUCUCCUCGCUUCGGGGCAUUCUUGUUGUACUCACAAAAGAAGUCCCGCAAGAUCAAGGAAAUGAACCUUGAAGGGGUGAUGUUAAAUUCUAGGGACCUUCCAACCCAGCAAUUACUGGACAUGUGGUCUUCACUGGAGGAAAAGAGCAAGAAAAAGUAUUUGAAAAAGACUGCCCGGUGCCCUGACCCCUCCAUCUCCAUCUACCGCCCAGACAUUCACUUGAGCUCGGUUUCCGAAAACUUUGGUGACGUUGUGGAGAAAUACAUCACUGACCUGGAGGCCAACCCUAGCAGUGACUGUCUUAGCACCGAGCUAUCUCCGGACUGUUUGAAGACGCUGCUGAAUUUGAAAUGGCAGCGAUCGCUGUGUGACCCGGGCGAGGCUGUUGGGCUGCUCGCCGCCCAGAGCAUCGGGGAACCGUCAACUCAGAUGACUCUGAACACCUUCCAUUUCGCUGGGAGAGGUGACAUGAACGUCACACUGGGGAUCCCCAGGUUGCGUGAGAUUCUAAUGGUGGCAAGUGCUAACAUUAAAACUCCGAUGAUGAGCGUUCCUGUGCUGGACACAAAAAAAGCGCAGAAGAAAGUCAAAAAGCUGAAGAAGCAGUUGACCAGGGUGUGUUUGGCAGAGGUUCUGCACAAGAUUGAUGUGCAGGACACUUUCCAGAUUGAAGGGACCCUGAUGUACAACGUUUAUCAAAUAACAUUUCAUUUCCUGCGCCAUGAACUGUACCAAGAAGAGAAGUGCCUGAAGCCAGCCGAUCUGCUGCACUAUUUGGAGACCAGGUUCUUCCGAAUGCUCCUCGAAGCCAUAAAGAAGAAGAGCGCCAAACUGGGUUCCUUCAAAGUGGUAAACACCAGGAAAGCAACCGCCCGCGACUUGGAUCACAACGAGGACAGCCAUGGGAACCAGUCACAGGAUGACCAUAUGGCUGAGGGUGAAGAAGAGGCCCAGAUUGUCGAUGCUGAAGCUGACGAGGGAGACACAGAUGCCACAGAAGCCAAAAGACGGCAAAAACAGGAGGAGGAGGUUGAUUAUGACAGUGAGGAGGAAGAGGAUGCCGGAGGCGAUGGAGAAGAACAAGAAGAGAUGGAAGACGAAGAUAAUCCGUCUGGUAACCAAAGUGAAGAUAUCGAUCAGGACUCUACAGGAUAUUCUUCCCUUCUUACUGAGGGUGAAAAAAGGAAGAAGAAAGAGAAAAGCCAAUCAAUGGACCUGUUGAGAGUGAACCGUGUGGUAAAUUCACAUUCCGCACUUGAAGACUACAGUUACGACACGACUGAGGGCCUUUGGUGUGAGGUUCGACUGAAGCUUCCUAUAAUGAAGGUGCACUUUGACCUCUCCUCUCUGAUCAUGACCUUAGCCCAGAAUGCAGUCGUUUAUGAAACUAAAGGAAUCACCCGCUGCCUCUUGAACAAUACGAGCAACAAGAAGGGAGAAAAGGAGCUCAUUUUGAACACUGAGGGAAUAAACCUCUUCGAGAUGUUCAAGUAUGACGAUAUCUUAGACGUGCGCAGUUUGUACUCCAAUGACAUCCACGCCAUGGCCAAUACAUAUGGCAUUGAAGCUGCCCUGAGGGUAAUAGAGAAAGAAAUCAAAGACGUCUUCGCUGUUUAUGGUAUUGAGGUUGACCCUCGGCACCUCUCGCUGGUGGCGGAUUACAUGUGCCUUAGUGGUGUGUACAGGCCUUUCAAUCGCAUUGGGAUAGAGUCCAACGCCUCGCCACUCCAGCAGAUGACAUUCGAAACCAGUUUCAAGUUCCUGAAGCACGCCAGCAUGCUGGGGAUCCAGGAUGAGUUGAAGUCUCCGUCGGCUUGCUUGGUGGCAGGGAAGGUGGUCCGCGGGGGGACUGGGCUGUUUGAACUCAAGCAACCCCUGAAGUAAUCAGCCCUUUUUCCUUGGGAGCAUCUCAAGUUUGACGCCAAUUUAAGAGCAAGGGACGUCAAUGUGGUGCUUGUGUUUUAUAACCUAUAAACUAAGUACCGAAGAGGAAGGAAGGUGGAGAAAAAUAAGGAGAGAGACAAACUCUCCUUACACUGGAGGGAAUUUCACUGGAUGAUGAUGAUGGUUUAUUUUUGGCAAACAUUCGCCUAACAGAGACUUUUUCUGAGUUACUUUGUGAUCUGCUGGAGACUGAGACUGUUCACUGGCACCAUUAGCCCCUCCCCCUCUCCAUCCUGAUUUGCAACACUGCUACCAAGCCAAAGACAGUGUCCGUGGGAUGCAGUAAACUUGCAGCUGCCUGGAAUCCUAUUUAAGUUUCCACUGAACGUCUCUGAACGUUAUGAUGAGUGUUUUAAUGUGUGUAUUUUUUCCAAAAGCAUAGUGGCCUUGGAAUAAAGUGACACUGUUGUAAA